AUGCAAAGGCCUCAUUGGAAAGAGAACCAAUUUGGUGGUGUGCCGAAUAGCAAAUAUCCUAAUGCAGGUCGUGGAAUUGAUAGGUUUGAUAAAUCUAAGGAUGAUAAGGAUAAUAGUUAUCUUGAUAAGAAAUUAAAUGAUUCAAAGAAGGUUGAUCCAAAGAAAUCCCAAGGUCCAUCCCGUGACGAUUCAUCUCCAAAGAGAGGAAGAGAAGAUGAUAACGCUCAACUUCGGAAAAAGGUGAAGACUACAGAAGUUUGUAGCAAUCCUAUAUCGGAAUUAGGACAAAACAUACUUAAAAUGCUCAAAAGUGUAUAUAAUUCUGUUUUCGGUUCCAAAAAAGAUUAA